AUGUCGCUUUGCAAAGCUACCAUGCCCUCGCCGGUGACAUCAUCCGCCACGAUCCUCACCUGGCUCAGACAGUCCUCCUCCAGACGCUCGACGCAGACCUGCCGUCUAUUCUCCUCAUACGGCAAUUCUCACCGGUCCUCGAAGCGCGAAUUGCAGACUGCCACUGCCUACCGUCCUCACUCGCUGCCCACCUCCUUCCCGCCGCCCCGGAACACGGGCAUCUCUGACACUUCCAUCGCCGCCGACUUCCCUUCCCUUCGUGAGAUGUCCCAGCCUCAGCUGCCCGGCCAGCAGGGCCUGUCCGACCUCAGCCUCCGGGAAAGCGAGGCCCAGAAGUCCAAGCCUGCGACCGCUCCUGCUGCUGCCGAAAAGACCGCCGCCAAGCCCACAGAGAAGCCCCGGCGCAAGCUGCGUGCCAGGAAGGCCGCGAUGAAGCUGACCCCCGUGGCUAUUGAGCAGCUUCGCAAACUCCUCUCACAACCGGACCCUAAGCUGAUUCGAGUCGGUGUGAAGAACCGUGGCUGCUCCGGUCUCGCCUAUCACCUGGAGUACGUGGAGAAGCCGGGUGCUUUCGACGAAGUAGUGGAGCAAGACGGUGUCAAGGUUCUCAUCGACAGCAAGGCAUUGUUCAGUAUCAUCGGUAGCGAGAUGGACUGGCAGGAGGACAAGCUGAGCAGGAGAUUCGUUUUCCGCAACCCGAAUAUUAAGGAAGAGUGUGGAUGCGGUGAAUCCUUCAUGGUCUGA